GCGGGCCCAGCGCAGCUCGGCGAGAGCGGCGCGGCGGGCGCAGAGCGGGGCGGCGGCGACUCCCGGCGGCGGCGAGGAGGGCCCGCCUGCCCGCCGGCCCCAAGAGCGGUGGCUGCGCUAUGGGCAGGAGGAGCCGGCGGGCAGCCGACAGCUCGUCCUCGGGGGAGGAGGAGGAGUAUGUGGUGGAGAAGGUUCUGGAUCGGCGCGUGGUGAGGGGCCAGGCCGAGUACCUGCUCAAGUGGAAAGGCUUCUCCGAGGAACACAACACGUGGGAGCCCGAGAAGAACCUGGACUGCCCCGAGCUGAUCUCGCAGUUCCUGCGCAAGGACCGCAGGAUGAGGGACAUGAGGGACAUGAGGGACAGCGAUGGCACACGGCCCCGGGAGCGCCCCGAGGGCGCCAAGCGCAAGGGACUGCCCGGGAGUGAGGAUGGGAGAGCCAAGAAAAAGAGGGAGAGCAACGACAUCGCCCGCGGCUUCGAGCGGGGGCUGGAGCCCGAGAAGAUCAUCGGGGCCACCGACUCCUGCGGGGACCUCAUGUUCCUCAUGAAGUGGAAGGACACGGACGAGGCCGACCUGGUGCUGGCCAAGGAAGCCAACCUCAAGUGUCCCCAAAUUGUCAUCGCGUUCUACGAGGAGCGGCUGACGUGGCACGCGUACCCCGAGGACAGUGACAGCAAGGAGCGGGACCCCCCCCGCAGCUAAAGCCCCCCAAAAUCUGUACAUAGCCCCCCAUCCGUGGGGACCCCCGGGACCCCCCCUCGUCCCUCUGUCCCCUCCCAGUGUCCCCAGAACCCCCCCAAGGGGACAGGGCUGAGGGUGACCCUCCCCCUUUUGGGGUGUCCCCAACCUGUCCCCACACCCCCCCCCCGGGUAGAUUUUUGGGGGGGUUUUGGUGUUUUUUAAAGUUGGUGUUUUUAGUCGGGGUCCCCCUCCCGGGGUGUCCCCGUGUCCCCUGUGUCCCCCCCUCCCCCCGUGUUGUCCCCAACCCCCCCCGGAUUUGUUCCAAUAA